UGCUCUGCUCACACAUUAUUCUCAUAUCCUAUAUUGUUCUUUUCCACAAAUUCUCGUAUCCUAUAUAAAGCUCUCAAAAUCCAAUUGUCAAUUUCUAAUACUCAUCAAUUUACAUUACAUUUCCAGUAUAUUUCGUUCAUAGCAGAAAAAUCAGCAUCAAUGGCUGCCACAAGUGUACAAGAAGUUCUACCACCAGUUCUUGAUUCUACUUCCCAACCCCCGUCUCUCUUCGAUGGAACUACCAGGUUGUACAUCAAUUAUCAGUGCCCCUUUGCUCAGCGUGCCUGGAUUACCAGGAAUGUUAAGGGUUUGCAAGACAAGAUCAAGUUAGUUCCAAUUGAUCUUCAGAACAGGCCUGCUUGGUACAAGGAAAAAGUUUACGCCCCAAAUAAGGUUCCCUCAUUAGAGCACGACAACAAAGUGAUCGGAGAGAGUUUGGAUCUGAUUAAAUAUAUUGAUAGUAACUUUGAAGGACCAUCACUUUUGCCGGAUGAUCCUGAAAAGCGGAAAUUUGCUGAAGAAUUGAUAGCUUAUAGUAACACGUUUGUCCCAGAAGUAUACGGAUCAUUCAAAAGAGAUGCACAGACACUGGCUGGAGCACAAUUCGAUUACCUAGAAAAGGCUCUCCACAAAUUUGACGAUGGACCUUUCUUCCUUGGUCAUGAAUUCAGUCAGGUUGGCAUAGCAUAUGUUCCGUUCAUCGAAAGGUUCCAAAUUUUCUUGAAAGAGGUGUUUAACUACGACAUCACAUCUGGGAGGCCAAAACUAGCCAAAUUGAUCGAGGAAGUGAACAAGCUUGAUUGUUACAAGCAGACAAAAGUCGUGGAUCCGAAGAAACUGGUUGAAUACUACAAGGAUCGGUUUCUGGCCUAAAACUUGAAGAAACCAUGAUCAAACAUUGGUGAAAAUCAUACAGGCUGGCGCCUUUGGUACCAAACAUGUCAUGGAGUUGUAUAAUGUUAUGCAUCAGUAAUAAUUAAUAAAGUGGUUGUGUGUUUUUCUUUAUCAGUAGUAUUUGGAUUGUAUUUUUCUGCUAGAGACUUGGAUAAUCAUAGAUAUCAGUUUCAUAUAUUGGAAGUUCUGUUGCCUGUAAUGUCAUGAAUGGUCGUUUAACUUUUAUUUUGUUGCAUCUU